ACAUGGCCGCGGCGGUGGCGGUGGCGGCCGCGUCCCGGCGGCAGUCCUGCUACUUGUGUGACCUGCCCCGCAUGCCCUGGGCCAUGAUCUGGGACUUCACGGAGCCCGUGUGCCGCGGCUGCGUCAACUACGAGGGCGCCGACCGCGUCGAGUUUGUCAUCGAGACGGCGCGGCAGCUCAAGCGGGCGCACGGCUGCUUCCCGGAGGGCCGCUCCCCGCCCGGCGCCGCCGCCCCGGCCGCCGCCAAGCCGCCGCCGCUCUCGGCCAAGGACCUGCUCCUGCAGCAGCAGCAGCUGGGCCACCCCGGCCCCGAGGCGGCCCCGCGCGCCCCGCAGGCGCUGGAGCGAUACCCGCUGGCCGCCGCCGAGCGGCCCCCACGCCUCGGCCCCGACUUCGGCGGCGCUCGGCCGGCCGCGGGCCUGGCCCAGCCACCGACGCCGCAGCCGCCGCCGGUGAACGGCAUCCUGGUGCCCAACGGCUUCUCCAAGCUGGAGGAGCCGCCGGAGCUGAACCGCCAGAGCCCGAACCCGCGGCGCGGCCACGCCGUGCCUCCCACGCUCGUGCCGCUCAUGAACGGCUCGGCCGCGCCUCUGCCCGCCGCUCUGGGGCUCAGCGGCCGCGCCUCUGCCUCACUGGCCGCCGUUUCGGGGGCUGCAGCCGCCGGCCUGGGCUCCGCGCCGCCCUCCGAGCUGGGCGCGCACAAGAGGCCCGCGUCCGUGUCGAGCUGCGCGGCCGCGGAACACGAGCAACGCGAGGCGGCGGCCAAGGAGAAGCCGCCGCCGCCUGCGCACCGCGGCCCGGCCGACGGCCUGUCCACUGCAGCCGGGGCCGCCGAGCUGGGCGCCGAGGGCGCGGGCAAAGGCCGCGCGCCCGGGGAGCAGGACUGGGUCAACCGGCCCAAGACCGUGCGGGACACGCUGCUGGCGCUGCACCAGCAUGGCCACUCGGGGCCCUUCGAGAGCAAGUUUAAGAAGGAGCCGACCCUGACUGCAGGCAGGUUGUUGGGGUUCGAGGCCAACGGGGCCAACGGGUCUAAAGCAGUUGCAAGAACAGCAAGGAAAAGGAAGCCUUCUCCAGAACCAGAAGGUGAAGUCGGGCCCCCUAAGAUCAAUGGAGAGGCACAGCCAUGGCUGUCCACGUCCACAGAAGGGCUCAAGAUCCCCAUUAAUCCAACAUCCUCUUUUGUGUCUCCACCACCGCCCACUGCCUCUCCUCAUUCCAACCGGACCACACCGCCGGAAGCGGCCCAGAAUGGCCAGUCCCCCAUGGCAGCCCUGAUCUUAGUAGCAGACAAUGCAGGGGGCAGUCAUGCCUCAAAAGAUGCCAACCAGGUUCACUCCACAGCCAGGAGGAAUAGCAGCAGUCCACCUUCUCCAUCCUCUAUGAACCAAAGAAGGCUAGGCCCCAGAGAGGUGGGGGGCCAGGGGGCAGGCAGCACAGGAGGACUGGAGCCAGUGCACCCUGCCAGCCUCCCGGACUCCUCUCUGGCAGCCAGUGCCCCCCUGUGCUGCACCCUCUGCCAUGAGCGGCUGGAGGACACACACUUUGUGCAGUGCCCAUCAGUCCCUUCACACAAGUUCUGCUUCCCUUGCUCCAGACAAAGCAUCAAACAGCAGGGAGCUAGUGGAGAGGUCUAUUGUCCCAGUGGGGAAAAAUGCCCUCUUGUGGGCUCCAAUGUCCCCUGGGCUUUUAUGCAAGGGGAGAUCGCCACGAUCCUUGCUGGAGAUGUGAAAGUGAAGAAAGAGAGAGACUCGUGACUUGACGGUUUCAGAAAACCCAGUUGUUACCCUUAACUAAAACUGCUUGAAUUGUAUAUAUAUCUCCAUAUGUGUAUAUAUAUAGAGAUAGAUAGAUAGAUAUAUCUAUUUGUCUAUAUAUCUCUCCAUAUAUAUCCAUGACAAGGGAAACGUAGACUUCAUAAAACAUGGUUGUAUAAUUUUGAUUUUUUUGAAUACAUUGUGUUUCUAUAUUUUUUUUGACGACAAAAGGUAUGUACUUAUAAAGGCAUUUUCUUCUUUUGUUAACGUUAUUAGCAUAUCUCUGUGCUUUAUUAUUCUGGUGACAGUUACCGUUCAAUGUAGGCUGUGACUUGCGCUGCUUUUUUAGAGCACUUGGCAAAACCCGAAAUGCUUCUAGCUGUAUUUGUAUGCACUUACUUUAAAAAGAAAAAAAAGCCAAAUACAUUUUCUGACAUUGUAA